AUGCUGAAGCUGAGCUGCAGGAGGAAGCUGAAGAGGAAGGCAAAGCAGCAGGAGUACCGAGAUCAAGAUGCCCAGGAGGAAGAGGAGGAGCGCCCCAAACCCAAACCUCUGGUGCCCCAACUUGCUCCUCCAAAAAUUCCUGAAGGAGAAAGGGUCGAUUUUGAUGACAUUCACAGAAAGCGAAUGGAGAAGGACCUGUUGGAGCUGCAUACUCUGAUUGAUGUGCAUUUUGAGCAAAGAAAGAAAGAUGAAGAGGAACUCAUUGGUCUCAAGGAUCGAAUUGAACGGCGUCGAGCAGAAAGAGCAGAAAUCCAAAGAGUUAGAACAGAGAAGGAGAAAGACAGACAGAACAGAAUUGCGGAGGAGCGUCACCGGAGAGAAGAAGAGGAGGCCAAGAAGAAGGCUGAUGAUGAUGCCAAAAAGAAGAAAGUACUGUCAGGCAUGGGAGCAAACUUUGGAGGCUUUCUGGCCAAGGCUGAGACAAGGAAGAGCAAGCGCCUCACAGGCAGAGAGAUCAAGAGGAAGACUCUGGCUGAGAGAAGAGAACCUCUAGGCAUUGAACAUUUGAGGGAGGAUAGUCUCCGGACACGUGCCCAAGAGAUGUGGAACAGCAUCUAUCAGUUGGAAUCUGACAAGUUUGACUUCAUCGAGCAAAUGAAACAUCAGAAAUAUGAGAUCAUUGUGUUGCUGAACAGAAUCCAACAUGCUCAGAAAUUUAAAAAGGGCCACGGCAAAGGGAAAGUGGGUGGCCGCUGGAAGUAAAAACAGAAGAUUAAAAUAUAGAAACAACCCGAUAUGAAUAUGAAGUCAUGAGAAGGAAGCAUCUGACCAGAUGAAUCUUUUUCAUUACUGUUCUUGUU